AUCAUAACUCUCAUUUUUUUUUAUUCAAACAAAAAAAAACAAUACCUAUCUAGAGAGAGAGUGAGAGAAAAUACUCACUCAUCUCUUUCUUUUUCCCUAUUUACUAAAAACCCAAACCCUAAUUUAAACAAAAAAAAAAAGGAUGAUGAUGAGCAGCAUCAGAUCCGCAGUGUCCACUCUCAUGCCCAAACAAAAACUGCCAAACUCAUUCCAGUCUUACCUCCACAGCUCCGGCGGCUUCAACCUCGGAAUCCUCCACCCUCCCCACAACCCCCGGAAGGACAAGCUCCUCGUCGUCUUGGGUACCACCGGCGCCGGCAAAUCUAGACUCUCCAUCGACCUCGCCUCCCGCUUCUCCGGCGAGAUCAUCAACUCCGACAAAAUGCAGGUCUACCGCGGCCUCGACGUCCUCACCAACAAGGUCACCAAUGACGAGCGCCGCCACGUCCCCCACCACCUCCUCGGGGUCGUCGACCCCGCCAAGAACUUCACGGCGAAGAACUUCUGCUUCGCCGCGACGGAGACGAUCAAGUCGAUCACCGCCCGGGGCCACCUCCCGAUCAUCGCCGGCGGCUCCAACUCAUUCAUCGAGGCUCUCAUGGAUGACAAGGACUGCCGGUUGAGGUCCACGUACGACGUCUGCUUCCUCUGGGUCGACGUGUCCAUGCCGGUUCUCCACUCAUUCGUGUCGGACCGGGUGGACAAGAUGGUUGACCGCGGGUUGGUCGAAGAGGCCCGGUCGGCCUUCGACCCCAAGAAUGGUGACUACUCCACCGGAAUCCGGAAGUCGAUCGGCGUCCCAGAGUUCCACCGCUACUUCCAAGCGGAGGAAACGGCGGAUGCCGGCACCCGCGCCGCCCUACUCAAAGAGGCAAUCGACGAGGUGAAGGUGAACACGUGCGUCUUGUCGAGUCGGCAGUUGGAGAAGAUAAAACGGCUGAGGGACGUGCGGGGGUGGAAGUUGCACCGGGUCGACGCCACCGAGGUGUCCCGGAUGAAGGCGGCCGGCGGCGGCAAGGACAAGGAAAUGUGGGAGAAUCAGGUGGUGCGGCCCAGCGCAACAAUCGUGACGAGAUUCCUACACAACAGGUUCGGGUCGCUGAUCUAUGCAGAUGCCGCCACCGCCAUCAGACCGCCGGCCGUAGGUAUGGGCCUGGCGGCGGCGACUCACUGAGUUCAACUGAUAUUCCCUUACCAUAUUUUUCGACUUAUGAAACCCCGAAAAGCCACCCAACCCUACCCCUUUUCACUUCCUUUUUUUACAUUGUGAUGUGACAAAGCCAAUUUUUGGGAAGUUAAGGGAAGGAUAGAACGUGGUGUGUACGUCCUCAGGUGAAAACUAAGCGAAAUUCACUUUUUUUUUUCCUUUUUUUAGGGGGGGGGGGCUCCAUCAUAUUUGUAAUUUGUAAUUUGUUUAAUAAAUCUUACGGAGUAUAUUACAACAUAAAUUUCAUUUCUACUCGUGUGAUGAAAUAAAAGGUUCGGAAAUUU